AUGGCCACCGUGGCCCGCCGCAUCCGCGCGGCGAAGAAGAAAUUGUCCAAGGUCGGGGACAUCGAGAGCGCGCUGACGACCGGCAAGGCCAUCAAUGAUGAUCAGAGGAAGUGCCUUGACGCCAAGAUCGGCCUGGAUGCCGUCCUGGAGGAGCUCCAUAAGCUGGAGCCCCUGCUCCAGGGAUCCGUGAACCUGGAGGUGCAGGCCGCCAAGAGCGCAGGGCGCGAGGAGGCUCUGGCGGAGGCCGCGGAGGCAGCGGCGGCCCGGGAGGAGCAGAGGAGCCACACAUCGAGGGCGGGCGCUUCCACCCAGACGGGUGGGGAGGAGUCGGCGGACGAGGUGGCGAGGAUGGUGGACCUGCUCUACGUGUCGAACAUCUUUAAUUGUAGGGGUGAGGAGGAACGGCACCAUGCCUUUGAGGCUUUCCUGUCCAUGCAGAGCAAUGAUGAGGGCAAGCAAGUAGGUUUGGAGGACUUGGAAGUGCUCUCAGACUACGGUCGAACAAUACUCACUGGAGGGGUCGAUGGCAGCAGCAGCCACAAGGACGCGCUGGAGAGGUGCAAGGCAGCCGCUGCUGAGUAUAUCAAAGCUACUGAGCUGGAUGAGGAGACGGGCUUCCCAGUGCACCGGGUGCGGGCCACCCUGGAGUGCAUCCAGGGUUCGCAAUUUUUUGAGGGCAGUGCGGGGGCCUUGGCGGAAGUGAUGCAGCAGGAGGUCAUUGCUGCGCAGGCGGCUGCGUCGGCAGCGGCGGCAAGCUGCACCCCGGGCGUGACAGGCCAGGUGGUUGUUGGCCACCCAUCUGGGAUCCCCUUGGAUGGCAAUGACGAUGUGAUCCACCCUGCCUCCCACACACACAGCCACGGAUUGUCAGAACCUGCCGCCCAUCAGCCCACAGUCGAACAUUCAACUGCCCCACGUGCCAGCAGGGGGUCCUUCCUCCCAUUCGACUCCCUCCAUCAAUCCUCCACCAAACCUCAACGUCCCCCUGUGCAGCCCACGCAUCAGGCCAGCGCCCCUCAGUCCACAGCAGCAGCCCUUGGGAGCGGAUAUGGUGGGUUCAUGACAAGAGGUGCUGGAACCUACACAAGGGUGCCCACCUCGGCGCCCCAAACGGCAUUUGGGGCGUCAGAGGCAGCAAUUGGGACUGAUCCAGUCGUUCAGCCGUCUGGAAACGGUGGGGCGGUUGGUGGGACAGGCGUCGAAGCCAGCGGGCCUGGAAUGCACAGCGGGGCGGAUGCAGUCAAAGAGUCUACGGACCCCCUGGCGGACGCCGACAUGGCCACCAUGCCUGCCAUGGAUUCCAUCCACGCAGCUGUUCCCAAACAGGAGGCACCGGGCCAAUAUGGAGGCGAGAAUGGCGAUGGCGUGCAGGCGGCCAUGGAAGGGGGCCUUGAGCAGAGGCACAAGGGAGGCAGGGGCCAGGGGCCCCGGGCACACCAGGCGCAGUACCGAGUGAUCGAGACGGACCGGCCGAGGCCCAACGGGGGCACCAGGGGAAAGGGCCCUGGGGCCCAUCCUGGCGGGCGGCCGGCAAGUGCCAAUCGGGGCCGUGGUCCACGCGGGCGCGGCAGGGACUUCAGCGCCGGUCGCGGGGGCCGGGAGCCAUCCUAUCGCGGGGGGCGCAGGGGCGCGCCGGGCCGAGGAGGCCGGGGUCACUCCAGGCAGGACAGUGCUGGGCGAUCCCCUGCGCCACCAGCACAGGCGUGA